AUGAAUCUUCAUGUGCGGCCAUUAUUCACGAAAACCGCGCCUCGACCCCCUUUUUCAGCUCACGGGCACGCAUUUCUUCGUCCAUCUGUUGUUUUCCUCGCUCCUCGAGUAGUCAAUGGCGGAAAAGAAAUUAGUCUGCAGGAGCGUAAGCUGGCAAGAGCCCGCAAUCAUUCCCCGCUUCAAGUGAGCCGCGGAGGUCAGGGAAAUCGCGUGCGCUGCUCCGCGACUAAUAACGGGCAGUCCUCAACAGCCGCGGGCGCGGAAGACUGGGUGGCGCGCUAUGCGGACGCGCUCAGGCUGCUGCCGCUCGCAGCGGGCGCGGCGGGCGGAGCCGUAGUGCUGGUCAACCGCGUGGUGUGGGGCAUUCCUGCCGUCGCUGACGCGGGCAGCGCGCAGGCACGUGCUGACGUCAUCUGCCUUGUCCUGGCCGCCUCUAUGGUGCUGUCGGGACUCUCGUGGCUGGCGCUGCGACCCAAACCACAGACCCCGGUGGCCCUCAAUGGUGUUCCCUGCUACCGCAUGCUGCCAUCCCUGCCUCAACCCAUUCAACAAGAGCUGAACUGGGCCUGGACUUCACUCAGUUUCAACACUCCCUGCCGCGCUCUAGUUCUAAUUUUCAAGGGACAGUGUAUUCUGCAGGCAGGCUGCAUGGCUCCAGUUUCCAGCAUGCCCGGCGUCACUACCACUGUUGAUGCUGCUGCCGCUGCAGUGGACACUAAGAAGCUUCUCUCAGGCUCCAUCUGUUCCACGGCUCUCAAGUCUGGACGGCCAAAUUAUCUAGCUAACCUAAUCUUGUUCCCAGCAAGAUACGAGCUUUUCGAUUUUCUUCCAGACAACACGCAGGCAGCUAUAGUACAGCCCCUAGGGGAUGGAGAUGGGGUGAUUAUUAUGGGCAGCGAUACUAUCAGAGGCUUCACGCCUCUCCAUCAGGUGUGUUACCGCACCACCAUUCAGCAUUUCCUCUUGGCCUUUUAG